GCGCAGAAGCAGACCGCUGACAGAAGGGAAGAUGGCGGCGACAAUGUUGAGGUCGCUCUCCAGACUCGGACGUCCUUCAGUUUUAUUAAACAGUAAUGUCAGCUCUCCAGCCUGUGCUCUGAUUCAGACGAGGCAGAAGCAAUGGCAGCCAGAUGUGGAGUGGGUGGAGCAGUUCUCUGGUGUUGUGAUGUAUCCCUCUCCCUCCGUUGCCAAAUGGACACCUCCACCUUGGAAUGAUAAGGAUCCACCAGCACAAAAGGAUUUGUCCAACCUCACCAUUAACUUCGGGCCUCAGCACCCUGCAGCUCAUGGAGUGCUGCGCUUGGUGAUGGAGCUCAGCGGAGAGUCUGUAAAGAAAUGUGACCCUCACAUUGGCCUCCUGCACCGUGGCACGGAGAAACUGAUAGAGUACAAGACUUACUUACAGGCUCUUCCAUACUUCGACAGGCUCGACUAUGUGUCCAUGAUGUGUAAUGAGCAAGCAUAUUCUCUAGCCGUCGAAAAGCUUCUUAACAUUCAGGCUCCACCUCGUGCACAGUGGAUCAGAGUGCUGUAUGGAGAAAUGACCCGCAUCAUGAACCACAUCAUGGGCAUCACCACUCAUGCCCUUGACAUCGGAGCCAUGACCCCUUUCUUCUGGAUGUUUGAGGAGAGAGAAAAGUUGUUUGAGUUCUAUGAGCGUGUGUCUGGAGCCAGAAUGCAUGCUGCGUAUGUCAGACCCGGUGGAGUUCAUCAGGACAUGCCUCUUGGUCUCAUGGAUGACAUCUAUGAGUGGUGCAAGAAUUUCUCUAUUCGCGUGGAUGAAGUUGAAGAGAUGCUGACCAAUAAUCGUAUCUGGAAGAACAGAACUGUUGGUAUUGGUGUCAUUGGCGCUGAGGAGGCACUUAAUUAUGGCUUCAGUGGAGUGAUGCUCAGGGGAUCAGGUAUUAAAUGGGAUCUGAGGAAGACUCAACCAUAUGACAAAUACGACGAGGUGGACUUUGAUAUAGCCAUUGGAACAAAUGGUGACUGCUACGACAGGUAUCUGUGUCGAGUGGAGGAAAUGAGACAGUCUCUUCGGAUCAUGCAUCAGUGUCUCAACAAAAUGCCUGCUGGCGAGAUUAAGGUUGAUGACGCUAAAAUAGCCCCGCCAAAGAGAUCUGAGAUGAAGACAUCAAUGGAGUCUCUGAUCCAUCACUUCAAGCUGUACACUGAGGGCUAUCAGGUUCCUCCAGGAGCCACAUACACAGCUAUAGAGGCGCCCAAGGGGGAGUUUGGCGUGUAUCUGGUGUCUGACGGCUCCAGCAGGCCUUACCGCUGCAAGAUUAAAGCACCCGGCUUUGCUCACUUGGCUGGUUUAGACAGAAUGUCUCAAGGACACAUGCUUGCUGACGUGGUGGCGAUCAUCGGCACUCAGGACAUCGUGUUUGGUGAAGUGGACCGCUAAAGACGACAAUGGCUGAUCCUCCUUCUGUCUUUAAUCCAUUCUAGUGAUAUCACGACAGACCUUUCUCUUAUUUCUCUAUGUAAACACUUCUGAAACCUAAAUAAAUAUUUUAAAACUUGGAAAAAAA